AUGCCGUACUUCUGCGAGAACCCCUUCGCCACCAGUCGCGCCUUGAACCGCUCGAUCUCUCCAGACUGGUUCUCCUUCACGCGGAACACCCAUCUGCAGCCGAUCGCCUUGCGUUCCUUCGGCAGUGGCACCAGGGUCCACGUCUCGUUCUUGCGGAGCGACUCCACCUCCGAGUCGCACGCCUCUUUCCACUUGUCUGCGUCGCUGGAUUCCAUCGCCGACUUGAACGUUGUCGGCAUCUCUCCCACUGAAUCCACGACCGGUUGCUGUCGUCUUGGCACCGCAUACCGCUUGGCACUCGGAACCUCCACGGCUUCCUCGAGCGACUGCGUGCGCGGGUGUCGCUUGCUGCCGGGUUCAAAGUCUUGA